AUGUCUGUCAGUGGCGACAGGAUUGGAAGCCCGACCGCCGGCCAAGACACCUCUGCGGGACCUCGAGGACUUACCCCCGCGAAGCGGUCUCUUUCGGAAAGCCCCUCGCGCGGUCGUACCGCACACAGGCCAGUUCAGCAGCGACGAGCCUCGCACUCGGACACCUGGUCCAUUGUGAGCUCGCAAAGCGACACUCCAACCUCUUCAUCUAACGACGCGCCCCGUGAAGAGCGUGCUGAGGGAAUUGCGUUGCCAGUGACCCACGACAAUCUUGCGACUCUCGCGGGCCUCUCCGACAGCAUAGAAGGCAGUGACACUGUCAGCGCCAAAUCCUCUGACGAAGAAAGCACUGCUUCAAUGCCGAAAGCUAUGGAUGAUCAGAACAAACUCCGUGCUUUCAACAUCUACGUAGACGACAAUCACCUUAUUCCAAAAGAGCUACAGGACCAUAUCAAUACCAACUUCUGCAAGCCCAGAUCCGCGGCAGCUUCACCUCGCGCAAAGGAACUCGUCAAAAUGGCAAGGGCACACCGUGUGGAAGGCGAGUCCUCCCUCAUCUACAGCCUUAAUCCGACUUUGAUGGAGGGCCUGCAGGGAGAGGUGCGAGAAUUCUACAAGGCCCUAUCACAGCCACAACCUGACGUCGCUUACGGUUAUGUUUCUCGGGCAUACGCGGAGAAGGCAGAAGUAUCGCCAGCUUUUGACGAGGAAGAGGAAGACAAGUUGAGAGUGGAGCCUGUUGCAGACUACCAGCAUCUACCUUUUCUGACCAUGCAGUGGAAAUCUCCCACCAGCUCCCAAAACAUAUUCGAUGCCAGACUGCAAGGAAGCCGUGACGGUGCUACAAUCGUCAAUAACCUUUUCAAACUGCACGAGUGCGCAGGCGUUCACGAGCCAACGUUCGUACAGACUGCCCACACGUCCAUCACAACCGACGGCGAAAUCGUCCAAUUCCACGUUCAUUGGCGCGAAACAAAGGUGGAUAACACAGGCGCGAAAGUAUAUCACCAUCACAUGGAGUUUUUCCCAGGCCACGAAGCCGCCUAUGCCACCGAUACGCGACUCACAUCGAUCAAAGGACUCCUGAAAUCUUGGAAAACCAAGGGCGCCAAGCGCAAGCGCACACCUACCAUAGGGAAAGUCGACUUCGACUCCGUCCCUGAGGUGUAUGUAGGAACGCUGAUGCCUGCAUCCAAGGAGUAG